GGUGUGGCGCCCCUCUCCGUCCGCAAAAUCGGCACCGUCACUUUGGUUCCGGGAGCCGGGGGGGCGUGAUGCUACUAGUGUUUCGAGCGUUCCUCCUCUCCCAAUUGACGAGUAUGCACUCCGGAGCCCCUUUCCGCGGGCAAAAUCGUACACAGAGGGAAAGAAUAUUGCAUAUCUGCAAGACUUGGCGUACACACUGGCUUCUCUGAACUUUGUACAACUCCAGAAGAGGAACCCUGAAGAUUGAUCUAUUCUGACAGUUCUGAAAACCAUGCCCCACUGGUUGGUGACUUUCAAGGAUGUGGCCAUUGACUUCUCUCAGGAGGAGUGGGAAUGCUUAGAUUCUGCUCAGAGGAAUUUGUACAGAGAUGUGAUGUUGGAGAACUAUAGCAACCUGAUCUCACUGGACUUGGAGUCCAUUUGUGAGCCCAAAAAGUCAUUUCCAGAAUGGGGAAUUUAUGAAAUGAAGUCACUCCAGUGGCAGAAUAUGAGGAAACUUAUCAACCACAACCUUCAAUACUAUAGUCCUGGAGAUAAUAUGGAGUACAAAAAUAAGUUUGAAGGUCAACAGAAAACUCAAGAUGGACUUUACGUGUGUGUAAAAAUUACUUGUGAAGAAAAGGCCACUCAAAGCCAUUUCAUGUCCCCUAAUCUCCAUCAGAUUAUUCCUACUAAGGGAAAAACAUACAAAUGUAAGGAAUGUAGACAAGCUUUCAGCUACCUGUCAUGCCUUAUUCAACAUGAGAAAAAUCAUAAUAUAGAAAAACACUCUAAGAAACAUAGGAAGACUUUUGGCAAAAAGCCAAAUGAUAUCCAACAUCAGAGGAGUCAGACUGCUGAGAAACCUUAUGAGUGUGUGGAAUGUCAGAAGACUUUUAGUCGUAGUUCUGAUCUGAUUCAACAUCAGAAAAUCCAUACUAAUGAAAAACCUUAUCAAUGUGAAGCAUGUGGGAAGGCCUUUAUUCGUGGUUCACAGCUCACUGAACAUCAGAGAGUUCAUACAGGAGAGAAACCAUAUGAAUGUAAGAAAUGUGGAAAAACCUUUAGUUAUUGUUCACAGUAUACUCUCCAUCAGAGAAUUCAUAGUGGUGAAAAGCCCUAUGAAUGCAAGCAAUGUGGGAAAGCCUUUAUUCUUGGAUCUCAACUUACUUACCAUCAAAGAAUUCAUAGUGGUGAAAAACCCUAUGAGUGUAAAGAAUGUGGAAAGGCCUUUAUUCUUGGUUCACACCUUACUUAUCAUCAGAGAGUACAUACUGGUGAAAAACCUUACAGAUGUAAAGAAUGUGGGAAGGCCUUUUUAUGUGCCUCUCAACUGAGUGAACAUCAGAGAAUUCAUACAGGUGAGAAACCCUAUGAUUGUAAAGAAUGUGGGAAGGCCUUUUUUCGUGGCUCACAACUUACUUACCACCUGAGAGUUCACACAGGUGAGAGACCCUAUAAAUGCAAAGAAUGUGGGAAAGCCUUUAUUUCUAAUUCUAAUCUUUCUCAACAUCAGAGAAUUCAUACAGGCGAGAAACCCUACAAAUGUAAGGAAUGUGAAAAGGCCUUUAUUUGUGGCAAACAACUUAGUGAACAUCAGAGAAUUCAUACAGGUGAGAAACCCUUUGAAUGUAAGGAAUGUGGAAAGGCCUUUAUUCGUGUUGCGUAUCUUACACAACAUGAGAAAAUUCAUGGUGAGAAACAGUAUGAAUGUAAAGAAUGUGGGAAGACCUUUUUUCGUGCUACACAGCUUACAUAUCAUCAGAGAAUUCAUACAGGUGAAAAACCCUACAAAUGUAAGGAAUGUGACAAGGCUUUUAUUUAUGGUUCGCAACUUAGUGAACACCAGAGAAUUCAUCGAGGUGAAAAACCCUAUGGAUGUAAGCAAUGUGGGAAGGCUUUUAUUCGUGGCUCACACCUUACCGAACAUCUAAGAACUCAUACAGGAGAGAAACCCUAUGAAUGCAAGGAAUGUGGGAAGGCCUUUAGUCGUGGCUCAGAACUCACUCUACAUCAAAGGAUCCAUACUGGUGAGAAACCCUAUACAUGUAAGGAUUGUGGGAAAGCCUUUAGACGAGCUUCACACCUAACUGAACAUCAAAGUAUUCAUACUGGUGAAAAACCCUAUGCAUGUAAGCAUUGUGGGAAGGCCUUUAGUCGUGAUUCACAACUCAGUCUUCAUCAGAGACUUCAUACUGGUGAGAAACCCUAUGCAUGCAAGGAAUGUGGAAAGGCUUUUAUUCAAAGCUCACAACUUAUUUUACAUCAUAGAACUCAUACUGGUGAAAAACCAUAUAAAUGUGAGCAAUGUGGGAAAGCCUUUAUUCGUAGCUCACAACUUACCCGACAUCAAAAAGUUCAUACUGGUGAGAAACCUUAUGACUGUAAAGAAUGUGGAAAGGCCUUUACUCAGAAUGCACAACUUACUUUGCACCAGAGACUUCAUACUGGUGAGAAGCUCUAUGAAUGCAAAGAAUGUACAAAGGUCUUUACUCAGCCCUCAAAACUUACUCUGCAUAAGAGAAUUCAUACCGGUGAGAAACCCUAUGAGUGUAAGGAAUGUGGGAGAGCUUUUAUUUGUGGCUCACACCUUUCUCAACAUCAGAAAAUUCAUAAUGGCGAAAAACCAUAUGAAUGUAAGGAAUGUGGAAAGGCCUUUUUCCGGGGCUCAUUACUUACACAACAUCAGAGGAUUCAUACAGGUGAAAAACCCUAUCAAUGUGAAGAAUGUGGGGAAGCCUUUAUCCGUGGCUCACAGCUUACUCAACACCAGAGAAUUCAUACCAAUGAAAGGCCCUAUGAAUGUAAGGAAUGCGGGAAGACCUUUGGUCAUAGUUCACUCCUUAGUCAACAUCAGAGAAUACACACUGGUGAGAAACCCUAUCAAUGUAAGGAAUGUGGAAAGGCAUUUAAUCGUGGCUCACUCCUUACUCGACAUCAGAGGAUUCACACUGGUGAGAAACCUUACGAAUGUAAAGAAUGUGGAAAAACCUUUAGUCGUGGUUCAGAACUUACUCAACAUGAGAGAAUUCACACUGGUGAGAAACCCUAUGAAUGUAAGGUAUGUGGGAAAUCUUUUGUCCGUAGCUCACAGCUUACUCAGCAUCAGAGAAUCCAUACUGGUGAGAAACCUUAUGAAUGUAAAGAAUGUAGAAUGGCCUUUACUCAGAGUUCACAUCUUUCUCAACAUCAGAGACUUCAUACUGGUGAGAGACCCUAUGUAUGUAAUGAAUGUGGGAAGGCCUUUACACGUGGCUUACUACUUAUACUGCAUCAGAGAAUUCACACAGGUGAGAAACCAUAUCAGUGUAAUGAAUGUGGGAAAGCCUUUAUUCGUGGUUCACAACUGACCCAACAUCAGCGAAUUCACACUGGAGAAAAACCCUAUGAAUGCAAGGAGUGUGGGAAGGCCUUUAGUCAUGUCUCUCAACUUACUUUACAUCACAGAAUUCAUACUGGUGAGAAGCCCUAUGAAUGCAAAGAAUGUAGAAAGGCCUUUACUCAGAGCUCACAUCUUUCUCGACACCAGAGAAUUCAUACUGCUGAAGCUCCGAUUUUCUCACAGGGACUUUGAAAAUAGCAUCUGGGUGUUAUGGAUGGUAGAGCAGAAAUGCAGGAGGAGUCUGCAACUCUGAUGAUUCUGUGAAACAGACAUACUGGCUCUAGUCUGCCUCCCAUAUUUUUAUAUAAAAUUAAAUUAAA